CAUCGAUUGGGUCAACUGACAAUGAAGUUGUGCAGCAUGAACGGCCCAAGUGAAUCAGAAGUCGAAAGCCUACUGAUGAGUCCCUGCUGGGGACCGACGCAGACCAGCAGCCAGGAUCAAUAUCUGCUCGACGGGCACAAGCUGCUGCUCGAGCACGACUUGGACUCCCUGCCCAGCGAUGCAGAUCAGAAAAAUUCGCUGGAUGUGCUCGACAAUCUGCUGUUGAACAGCUCCUCGCUAAAUGCACUCUCCGAUCUGAAGCCACUGCCUCCGUUCACCGGGUAUACGGGUCACCUGUCCAUCAAUGGCAUCUCUGGGCAUCAUUAUCAUGCGAUUGCCCAGCGGCUGCCCGACGAGAGCAACAACAAUUACAUACAGAGUGCGUAUCACAGCAGCAACAGCAGCAGCAGCAACACCACCAGCAACAACAACACCAUCAGCAACACCACCAGCAGCAACAGCAACGAUCAGAAUAUUGUCUCCUCGUCAACGUGCCUGCCGGAGAGUGUGCUUAGCACAGAUGCGGAUGUCUGCCUCAACGAUGUCAAACUCUUUGCCGAUAGUCAGUUAGAUUCUAAGCUCUAUUCCGUGGCAGACAGUUGUGUGAUGAAUACCCAAGGGGCCGGUGUGGGUGGUGCGAAUAAUAACAAUGGCAAUGGCUCCAGUUCGCUGGCCAGCAGUGGCUCCACCCUGACACCCAUCGAUCAGGUGGCCGACUCGCUGCACAACAGCGGCGUGCGCAUCUACAAGGAUCUAACGGAAUAUGUGGACAUGAACAGCAUCGAUGAUAUUGCAGCAAUUAUUGGUUCAGCGAUUGCGGACACCACCGUGCCCAAUCAGCUGGACAAGGACGAGGGGAAUGAUACGAGGGAUAGCUGGAUGGAUUUGGAUGCGUGGAUCGAUGGCAAUUGCAUACAGAAUGAGGGCAAGGUGCUCGUCUCACAGCAGGAUGCACUCAGUGAUUUCAUGUUGCCCCAUUCGCCGUUGCCCGUGCAUCAUGCGAGCAGCUCCACGUUGCAGAGUCUACUCAGCCAUGGCUAUAUGCCGCUGCUGCAGAAUCGUCUGCAGCACGGACCACCAGUUCAGGGCUCGGCGCCAGGUGGUUCAACAUCAUCAGCAUCAACGGCGACGACGGCAGCGACGACAUCGUCGUCAUCAUCGACAACGCUGAAAACAGAGACGCCUAGUUCUACCUCAUAUUGCAACGAGCUGUCGGCGGCGAGCAGCAGCUGCAGUCCACCCGGCUCUGUGGUCAGCACCACUGACAACAAUUUGAUGAUCAAUCCGCGCUACCUGACCAACAAUCCAACCAAUCCCAACCAGCAACAGCAGCAGCAGCAACAGGCGAGCUAUCAGCUGGCACAGAAUGGAGCCGGAGGCGGAGGAGUUGGCAUGUCCGGCUCGGUGCUCAAGGAUGGGGGUCUUUGCAGUCCGGAUAUGCUGAGCAGUUAUCCGCACACGACAAGCACCACAAAUGCACCGAGUGGCACGCCCAAGGCCAAGCGUUCCAGAGCGCAAAAGAAGUCCAGCCAGCAGCAGCAGCAAUCGAGCCAAGGACAACUGCAGGAUCAGGUCAAUGCUGGGGGGGCACAAUUGAGCUCGAUGUCACCAACGGGCGUCGGCAGUUUCAGUGCCAGCGAUCUGAGUGGUCUGCUUGGCAAGGAGAAGCCCGUGCAUCGGUGCAGCAUCUGCAAUCGGGGCUUCUUGAAUAAGUCAAACAUUAAGGUGCAUCUGCGCACACACACCGGCGAGAAGCCCUUCAGGUGUGAUGUGUGUGCCAAGGCCUUUCGUCAGAAGGCGCACUUGCUCAAACAUCAACAGAUACAUAAGAGAAUUGGGCGUGACUGACCGCGACUGCGGUGAUUUGCAUACCCAAACACACACACCAACACACACUCACACUCAUAACAACAGCAACUGGGAGCCCACAAAAGGAGCACAGCUCGAUCUCAUCUCGAUCUCAGCUGGUCUCCUCUGUGUGUGGUAGGCUCUCUGCUAAACGGAAAGUGCCCGCCCACAAGUCACCCGCCCACCACAGUCUGGUCAUCAAUUGCGUCCAAUUGGCGAUCAGGCUGUGCAUGUUUGGGUCUUGGGGUGCGCCAUCUUCCCGUGUCUGGCCUUGCUUGACCAGGAGCAACAUUGUCCGCCCAGUCGACUGUUCGACUGUCUGGCUGUCGAGCAACGCCAUACACAUAGCACUUGAGAUUCGUUGUUGUUGGUUGCUUUUGAUCUCUUUUGCACUGUGCUACUCAAUAUCAGUCAAUAUCCGAUCCGGCCGGGGUCAUAAUUCGGGUUAUGGGUAACAAGUAGUCGAAACAUUUUGCGUAGCU